AUGAUACAAAAGGCCUCUGAUGCUCAGGAUAAAAGUUGGCAACUAAACAAAUCUAUUUCUUCAUCAAUAGAUAACUCAACCAACAGUGAUAACAAUACCAUAACAACACCAACAGUAACAUCACCUGUUGCAAUAACAACGAAGCCGUUUGGAAUAACAACAAAAACAUCAACACCAAAUCUAUUCAUGUCGAGUGUGACAAUGUAUGGCGCAACGUUCACAACAAGUAGUGGAACAUUACCUCUCGAAGCAACCACACAUACUGGUUCUAGUGCGAGCCGAGCAACAACAAGUAUUAGUUCUAGCGUAUCAGAAUUAUCGCCAUUUACCUUCCAAUCAACAGUCCCUUCGAGCGACAAUGCACCACCGGAAUAUGGAUGUUUAAACCAGCUAAAAGGUCUGAAUUAG